AUGAAUUGGCUCAACUGCUUCGCCUGCAAGCAGAAGGCGGUGGACGACGUGAAGACGCUCGACUUCAGUCGGGCGUCCAUCGCUGAUGUCCCACCAGAGGUGUUUAACUUUGAACGGACCUUAGAAAAUCUUCAUCUUGAUGGAAACAAGAUAAUAGAAUUACCUCGGUUGUUAUUCCAAUGUGAAGAAUUAAGAUUCCUGGACAUUUCUGACAAUGAAAUCCAGUUAAUCCCAGCGUUAAUAUCAAAACUGGUCCAGUUGCACACGCUGAAUCUAAGCAGGAACUGCCUCAAGCAUUCGGACAUACCAGCCAACAUCCACAGGUGCCAAAAGUUGACUUUUCUUGAUCUCAGCUCGAACGCCCUGGAGAAACUCCCCGAAGGUUUAACAAGUUUAGUAAAUCUUCAAGAAUUAUAUCUUAAUGAUACAUAUAUCGAGUUCUUGCCUGCCAAUUUUGGUCGGUUGAAUAAUCUACGCAUACUUGAACUGCGUGAUAACAGCCUAUCAUCCUUACCGAAGAGUCUAAGACGUCUUACAAUGUUAAUACGCUUGGAUCUAAGCAACAAUGAUUUCACUGAUAUGCCAGAGGUGAUUGGUAACAUGAGUAAUCUAAAAGAAUUGUGGAUAAAUGGCAAUUGCAUCACACAUUUAAUCCUGGGUAUUGGUAAUCUGCAAGAACUGCAGGAUUUCGAUGCGUCGAAGAAUGACAUCGAGACAAUACCGAAAGAAAUCGGCCGGUGUACGAAACUGACAAGUUUAAUCCUGAGUCAUAAUUUGAUCAAAGAAAUCCCGCAUGUUUUGGGCCAUUUAAAGGAGAUGCAGACGCUAAAAAUGGAUUUCAAUUGUAUUGAAGCACUGCCGCAUACAAUCGGGACACUGGCGAAGCUCGAGGAGCUCGAUGUACAGAACAAUCAAAUCACAGCAAUACCAACAUCAUUCGGUUUUCUAAGAAAGCUGAACUAUUUUAUAGCUUCGCAUAAUUUUUUAACUUCUCUGCCAGCGGAGAUCGGGAGUUGCGUAUCACUUACAAUAUUAAAUCUACAUAAUAAUAUGUUGCGUAGGCUACCGGAUGAAAUCGGACAUCUGCAGAAUUUGACCUCAUUGGGGUUGAUUGGGAAUAAAUUGGAAUAUCUACCGAUACCUGUUGCUAACCUACCGAAUUUACGGGCGUUAUGGUUGACGCAGAAUCAAAGUCAUCCAUUGAUACCUCUACAAACUGAGCAAUUGGAACACAGUGGACAACUAGUAUUAACUUGUUUCCUCCUGCCCCAGAUACAAAUGACCCAUCAAAAUAUCAACAAAGAGUCUCCCACUGAGAAUAUAUCACUACCCAAACGACAUAUUGCGUUCACCGAACCAGGGAUACCACGAGAACCUUUACCUCGCCUCACCCGGGCACCCACACCUUAUCCGAAAGAUUUCCAACGUUUUCAACGCUCUCUAAACAAUCAACUACGACGUAACCGCGACGCAAACUCGCAGAUAUUAAAUUUAAAUCUAGAUGCUGGACAAUCACCGUCGCAGUCGCAGAUCAAAGAGGCUGUGGUAACGCCAAUGAAGAAUGAUAUUAAUGGAGAUCACCUCCAACAUCACUUCAGCACACAAACCGACUUCAUAUCACCGCCGGACAAUCAUCCACCCAACUACGAGAACGAUUUCUUGAAUUACAACCACAAUUCGAAUACAAACUCAGCUGUAAAUGAUAACAAUUCGGAUCACUAUAGUUAUAACGAUAAGAACAGUGUGAAUAGUCUGGAUGGAUUGGAUCAUGAUGAUAAACUGAGUGUGGAUAUGCAGGAGAAGUGUAUGAUGGUGACUGCGAAGCAACCACCGCCGUAUCAUAUUGCUGCGGCGUAUUCAAAGAACGCGAAGUAUUUUAAUAAAGUCGAGGAUUACAUGGAGGAUGAUAAACCGAAGAAAUUCACGCAGGAUUUACAAGCGCAGAAUAUUCCUGUGCCGCAGCCAGUCAACUAUAGCAAGAAGACUGAUGGGUUGUUGCAGGAGAUUAAUAAACGCAUUGAUGAUCAUUAUGCUAAUCAAAAUUACGAGAAGAAUUACGUGGUGGAGAAGCAGUUCGCGGAGAAUUUGAAUAACGAGAGUCGUGUGCCCAAGAAUUUGACUGUGGUUUUAACACCGUGUUGUUAUGUUUUGGGAUUUACUGUCACGUAUAAUGAGAGUGGGGUUUUUGUUAGCAAAGUGGAUGAAAACGGCAACGCUUUCCAAAAACUCUUCGCCGGGGAUAGAAUCCUCGCACUGGAUAAGAUAGAUCUUACCAAGAUGGAGCCCUGGCAGGCGUACAAGACUGUUCUCAUCCAAGGUCCUGAAACCGAAUCGUUUUUUAUCACAAGGUAUUAAUAAAGUAAUAGAUGUAGACGGACAUCUAGCGUAGGUAAUUUAAACGAUGAUUGAACUUAAAUUUAACGAAUUGAAUUUAGGUUGAGUCAUUUUACUUAACUUGAGGCUCAAAGUACGCGGUGCCAUCGGAUCCAAUACCUCAAUAUAAUAUACAUACUGAUAUUGCAUACAAUUGCUAACAAUAUUGAUAACUUGAUAAUGUCUAUAUAGCUAUAUAUAUACGAUUAGUGUUUUGAAUUUUAUAUGAGGAUGUGGUCCAAUUUAUUCAAUUGAUGCGUUUUUUUCAUGAAAGAUUGGCAGCCAACUUUAAACUAUGACUUUAAAAGAUAAAUAUAUAUAUUUCUAUUAUAUAAGGUGGUUAUAUUUGUGUUCAAUUCAGCAAUCUAGCGAUUUAAGUUGAUGUUAAACAAUCAUUUCUACUGUAUGACUUGCAUUGCGGCACAAAGUGUGUAGAAUAGACAUUGGUGUUGAUGAUUUGAUGUGUUAUAAUUCUCGAUUUCGCACCGUCUUUAAGCAAUUUAUUGAUUAUUGAUCAUUGAUAGCGGUUUUAAUGUAGGGUGUUUAUUGUAGGGUUAUUUAUACAUUUCGAGGCUGUGAUUUGAAUUUUUAUUUAUUUUAGAUAGAGAAUCGUUUGGUAUAGUUAGUAAGCGUUUUACUGCGUAAAAAUUCGAGCGACGCGUUUUGAUGCGGUGUCGAAAUUGGUCUGUCUCGGCGUUUUUAUUCGAUAUUAUUCGACUCUACUGUAAGAUACGAGUAUUUAUAUAUCCGUAGUUAGAUGAUUCAAGCAAAACUGAACAAACUAUUGUAACACCCUUUUUUAUGUAUAAAACUGGAGCAAAUUUGUAAUGAAAUAAAGAUAUGUGAAUCAAA